AUGUUCCCUGACAGCAAGAUUGCCUCCAAGUUUUCCUGUAGUCGCACCAAGACAACACAGGAUGUCAAGCGUUUUCCUCCUCCAUCCUUGCAUCAAGAAGUCGUGGAACAUCUGAAGAAUAACCCUUUCUCCCUAGCCAUUGAUGAGAGCAAUGACAGAUAUUGUGACAAGUCCUUGGCCAUACGUAUUGUGAGAUAUUUUACAGACAGAUCACAAACCAGUUUCCUUGCCAUGCCCAUCUGUAACAUCGGCACUGCGGCAAACAUCUUUGAGCAUAUUCAACAGGUGUUCAUCGACAACAACAUCCCAUGGUCCAACCUCAUCUUUUUCAUGUCCGACAACUGUAGUGUGAUGACUGGCAAGAACAACUCAGUGGUCACUAGGAUUAAGGAGAAGACUCCCUCUGUGUUCGACUUUGGUUGUGUUUGCCACCUGGCAAAUUUUUGUGCAGUCGCUGGAGUGAAGGCCAAGGCCCUGGCCCUACUUAUAGAAGACCUCCUCGUUGAAGUGUUUUUUCAUUUCCACCACAGUUCUAACAGGAAAGAAAAAUACAAGGAGUUUCUAGAAUUCACAGACACAGAGCCCAUCAAGAUCCUGAAACACUGCAGCACCAGAUGGCUUAGCUUGGAGAAGUGUGUGAAUCGUUUGCUGCAUCACUGGCCAGCCCUCCAGAGCUAUUUCAACUCGCAUGAAGAUGUGGAGAAACCUGGACGAGUGAAACGCUGUGCCUCCUAUCUCAGCAACCCAGAGAUGCGCCUAUACUUUAACUUCAUCCUCCAGCCCCUGAAUGACUUCAAUACCAUGUUCCAGGCAGAUGAAUCCAGGAUUGGUUACCUGAAGGAUGAAAUCACUAUCCUUUUAAGAAAAUUCAUGGGGAAGUUUGUGAAAGCUAAAGUCAUUCAAUCUGCGGAGGACCUUACAGAUGUUCCCUUCAAGGACUCUGAGUGUCAGCUUCAUGACAACAUCAUCGCCAUUGGAGUGACAACCAGAGCCUACAUGGUAGACCAUGCUGAUGAUAUCCCUCCAUCAGCAUUGAGCAGAUUCUUCACAUCCAUCAGGAAGUUCUUUGAGUCAGUGACCGCCAAGAUGCUGGCAAAGUUUCCCUCUAAGGAUCCUGUGAUUUCAAGCCUGAGGUUCCUUAACCCCACAACUCGAGGAUGCUUGCAGCCAUCUAUUUUGACAGACCUGACCAGACGGUUUCCUUCCUUAAUACCUAAGGACCAGUGGGACCAAUUAGAAGCAGAGUUCUUGGACUUCCAAACCAUUCCUUCCAUGGAGCUUCCCAACUUUUCUGAGGAAACCAGGACUGACAUCUUCUGGGGUGAAGUUAUUGCCAUGAAGAACAGAAUCACCAACACUCCAAGGUUCCCACUGAUGGCUAAGAUUGUGAGGGCAGUGAUGACCAUUCCUAGCUCCAAUGCUGAGUGUGAGAGGAUCUUUUCCAUGAUGAAGAAGAUACAUACAGACACAAGAUCAAACCUGGACAAUUCCACACUUUGUGCAUUAUUAACUGUGAAAGUGAACAAUACCCAGAAAUGUCACUCCUUCAAGCCAUCAAAGGACAUUUUAAAAACUGCAAAGAAGGCCUGUGUUGGUUACAACAUUAGCUGUUCAUCUUCUCAGUGA